GAUGUGGAGGCUUCAAGUGCACACCAGCCAAAGUUUAGCAUCGCGCAGUAGUCCGCACCCAGCCGCCGCCUGAGACGCGUGUGCUGAGCGGCUCCGUGACGCCUCUCCGUCGAGAUCGCGAAAAAAGUUUACACACGAAACUUUCUUAAAAGACUUUCCUUUCAACCCGAACAUUGUUGAAGUGGAACUGUCUGCCCUUCCUUCGCCUAUGCCAAAGUGACCUUUCCUAAAACCGGAAUUGGGUAUCCUCCGGAACGGGUUUAGUCGGACCCGCCGUGGCAGGACUUUCGUGAAGUGCUAACUUGAUUUUCAGAGUGGAGUGAUCAGUGUGAGUGACUGGAUAAUUCGUUGCCUUUAUCGGUAUAAGGAAGAGGACUGGACUUUGUCAAGAACAGUUCUUAAGGUCGACAUCGAGUGACAGUGCUGUUAAAAGUUUCUAGUAUGCCGCCCCCCCUGUAGAGGCAUGAGCGGCCGCGGCGCAGGCGGGCAGCGCUGCCAGCUGAUCCUGCAGCGCUGCCUCGCGAUCCACCUGACCAAGCCCGGGAACGCCCCUGAUGACUUCUGGAUGUACGACUCUGGGUACCUCCUGUUUCAGAGCUUCUUAGCAGCCAAUGCAAAAUGUUGGUGGGCGGGGGCCCUAGCAGCGGCUACGGCGGAGCUGCGCUAUGCGGGGUACGUGGCCCCGGGCGUGCUGUUAGUCGCGGGGGCCCCCCGCGCGCUGGAGACCGUGCGCGGCGCGUACGCACGCUCCGUGCUCAAGCCCCCGCCGACUUACUUGAUUUGCGGAUUGGGUGAUAUAGAGGACUGUAUAGUGACCCCAGCUUACCAGGGCCAGUUCACGCCUCUCCCCGAGGCGCUCUGCGACUGUAUUAUGGACCUAACUACACAGGGGCAGUCAGCAACUCUGGAGAGUAUAAGGACGUCGCUGUCUUCGAAAUUCCCAGCAAUGCAAACGCCAUCACAAGAGAUGGUAUACGAUACGUUGGCCCAGCUGAUGCAGGAGCGAAAGAUCUAUCAAACUUCGAGGGGCUUCUUCAUUGUCACUCCGGAACGUCGACGUUCAAGAUCCCGCUCCUCAUCGCGCCGGCACCCCACCAUGGAAGAAGAGUGUUCCCCCCGCACGAUCCUCAUGUCGGACCAGGAGGCGCUGCACCAGCUCUACGGGGAGAUCACGACGGUUCGCGACGGCGCUGUCACGCACCAGUGUGUGCAGACCAACUUGGCUGACGUCAUCUGUGGCGGCAAUCCCAACGACAAGAUCCUCUACGGGCGUCCCAACAAACGACGCAGUGCGUCCUUCCCCGCCCCGCGUUCCCUCGACCGAAGACACUCUCUUCGGAUCUUCGGCUCCUCUAAUAAAUACCUGCAGCGGUGCGCUUCCACCAGGAGUCUCCAUCACAAACACGCGAAUACAACUGAUAGUUCUUCCUCCACCGAUUACCCGCCGAGCGUAGAAUCUGCGUCGCCUAAGAAAGUAUCCCUGCUGUCCCGCUUAUUCAGACGAAGCGGCCGCAGCAAGCAGACGCGCGCGAUGAGCACCUUCUCUGCGCAGUUCCCACCCACCGAGUGGUUCAACUCCAAGGCGGUGCAUCUGCACUGUGUCGCCACGCAGACCAAUUCUAAGGAGUCAUUGCAGAGUCAAGCAUCUUUCGUCUCAACAUACUACGACGGUUCAGAGAUUAGUAAUCGAUCAUCCACGCUGCCAAGAAGACAUAAGAGGCACUUGUCCACCGAAUCAGGCCUCGCCGGUUCCGUCAACUACGACCACUCGCCAAUCCGGCAAUCCAGCCCCAGUUCAGGCAGUCUACCCCGAUCUACGCUCAGCAGAAGUUCUACUAACAAAACCAUACUAGACCACUUCGGGUCACCACAGAGAGGCAGCGACCUUAAACUACGCGAUAGUCCCAGUAGCAGCCUAAGAAGGGGAGACUACUCCCAUUCCGACCACAUAAUGUCCACCAGCGGCCCAUCCAGUCUAGAAAGCACAAGUACGCAUCGCACCCCAAGAAAAGAUAGCAAUAAAAACGGCCACGCUGACAACUCACCCAUAAAGAGAAGCUAUCACAACACUAGCGGUAGUAGCGGCCACUCCAGCCUAGAAUCACACAUAUCCGAUCGCACAUUAAAACCUUCACCUAGUCAUAGCAACUCGCACGGAGCGCCUGGUCUUAGCAGAGCACAGUCCCUGGUCAAAGUACAGAGUCUUCAGAGCUCUCCCAAAAGCCUCCACAAGUACAGAAAUAAACCGCCAAUCGUCGGCGGCGAAACAGUAAAAAAUGGCAAAAGCACAUCACCUAGAAGCACGCCAAAAAACUGUCCAGCUACGCCCAAAAAAACCGUGACCCCUCUGCAUAAAGCGCUUGGCUCCAAACCAGAUAACCCAUUAACCACAAUGUUGGCCAGUUCAAAUUCCAAUAACUCGAUCACGCUUAAAGUUACCACGAAUACUACGUCGCAAAAUGGUGGUGGUACUAACACCAAAGUUUUUGUACAGAAUUCCCCGGUUAGAUCAGUCAUCACUUUCGAAAAUGGCAAAGUAACUGAGACUAGUAACGGCAGUAAUAUCUAUAUUAUAAACGACGAUAGACAAGUAGUGUCAGUAUCCCAAAACGGGACCGUUGGAAAUCAAGCGACAAAAAACCCAACAGAGACGUCUUUUGACGUUUGCCUUGAAAAGAAUAAGCAGAUCAAUCAAGAGCAAGAACCUAUAAAAGUACAAGAAAACAAGUUCAAUAAGAAUUCUAUAAACGAUACGGGUAUGAAUAAUAAUCGUAAACUUUCUCUACAAAUAGGUGGAGCGACUAAUAAUAACAGCUUCAUUUACAAGAAUCAAUUGAACAACACAAACGAAGUGGUUUCCAACCCGGCUUCGCCCGCAAUCCACAAUAAUAUUCACAAUCUAGAAACUACCACAAACAGCAACCCAUCAACACCGACCAAAAGUUACGACAAUAUUAUUGGGUCUUUGGGUAGCUUGAGGUAUCAGAAGAAUUCAUUAUCCUCAGCUAACAGUGGAAUUCAGAGCAACAUCAAUUCCAACAGUGAGCUAAAGAGUGUAGAUUUGUUGAAGAAAGCAGCUGCAUUACAAAUGCUGAACGGGCUUCCAAAUGUAAAUAACAGAAUGAGUUCAGAUUCCAUAGCGAAUCUUUUAACGAAGGCGAUCGAUCAGAAGCCGACUGUGCUAGGAUCCGAACCGAAUUUAGCACUGAAAAACCAAGAGCAAAUGAAGGACAUCAACACAUCAACGGAGAAAAUAAACAGCUUGGAGAACAAGCAAAAGAGAUAUAGUCUCAGCCAAGAGAGCAAGAAGGAGAAUCAGGAUUUUUACAAUUUUCCGAGCUUAAGCGACCUGAGUUUUAAUUUUACUAGUUUAGCCGCUCAGAAAAUUCUGAAAGGGGUCAGUAUAAACAGUGUUGAUACGUUGGUGGAGCUUAACAUGGCUGCUAACAAUUCAGAAAAGCAAAAUAAUCGCGAUGUCGCGGCAGUGUGUACGGAUUUUGGCCUUGUAUAGUACUUAAGAAAUAAAUUUUGUUAAAAUGUACAAUAUUAAUGUUAACCCCUGUACAAUGUAAGGUAGCUAUGUAACUUAUUCGUAGUAUCUUCCACGUAACAAUCCCUAGAUACGCACUUUAGUUGGAACCUUGUACUCGUUAAGAUUUUGUACUCCCAACUUAUUGAUAUCACCUAAUAUCAUUGUAUCGUCUAAUAAAUUUUGUUUGUCUUUACUAACUUAUCGAAAAUAUCGUCGUAGGAAUUAUAUAGCAGUAUUCUUAAAUUUAUCGAAAAAAAUUAAGUUCAUUAGAUUGUACACUAGUGCGACAAUAUUACUAAAAUGAACGAGUGGCCUAAUACGUGUUUAUGAUGAUUCUUAGUGCCUAAUACGAUCGUAUUAUGAUCGAUUUUUCAAUUUUGUAGCCAUAUCUAAUCUCCCAUUUUAGAAUUUAGCCAUUAUCACCAGACAUCAGAGUCUAGACAUGAGGAAAUCUUGAGCACCAUUUAUCGAAUUGCACAUUAGCACACACCAAAUUGAAAAAAAAAAAGCUUUCUAAGCACAUUUCUUUUUCGUGCCAUCGUAACUUCCAGUGAAAAAGUUAAGUACAAACUAGGAAACCUAUCCAAUAAACCGAUUCCAUCCAAAAUGGGAAUUUAUAGGAAUGUUUAAACAUAUGUCAUGUUUAAGUGCCAUAUAAUACCAUAGUAUAACGCAUGAUGUGGAUGAUCAGACUUAGGAAUUAUAAAUUGGUAUCCAUUAAACUGUACUAAUGGUACAGAAAGGGUAUUUAUUCAUUAGAGAAUGUAAUCGAAAGUCAUCAAUGCAUUAAACGUUAGUAACGCCAUUAAAAUGUAAAAAUGUAUUAACAAUAUAAGUUGAUGCUUUAUAUAAA